AUGAAACGCAUUGCGCUAUAUCCCGGGUCCUUCGACCCGGUCACCAACGGCCAUAUGGACAUAUUGCAUCAGGCACUUGCGCUGGCAGACAAGGUCGUGGUCGCCAUAGGUGUCCAUCCGGGAAAAACACCUUUGUUUUCGUUCGAGGAACGGCUCAACCUGAUUCAUGAAGCAGCCCGUGCUGAAUUUGCUGCUGCGGAAGCCGACCGUAUCGAUGUGAUCUCCUUUUCGAACCUGGUUGUCGACACCGCGCGCGAGCAGGGGGCGGCGUAUCUGGUCCGCGGUUUGAGAGAUGGCACUGAUCUUGACUAUGAAAUGCAGAUGGCCGGAAUGAACGGUACGCUGGAGCCUGACAUCCGGACCGUUUUCCUGCCAGCGUCUCCAGAUGUCCGCCACAUCACCGCCACCUUGGUGCGGCAAAUCGCAAAGAUGGGCGGAGAGAUUUCCGCAUUUGUACCCGAACCGGUCGCGUCACCUUUGAGGCGCCGCGCAAGACCGGACAGUUGA